UUGAAGAGGAAACAAUGAUGAGGCAGAGCAGCGUUAUCUCCAUCACCCCAACAGGGAGCAUACGAAGAGAAAAAGUAGCCCAGAUAGAAGAUGAUAGCUCUCGGGGUCUCGUCACCUCCCUCCUCCUCCUCGCCAUUUGGCCUCGCUUCCUUCGCCUCUCCUCCUCGUCCUUCGCUUAGAAUUUUGUCUCCGUUUCCUUCUCUGAAGUCCUCCUUCCAUGGAAUCCGGAUUGGGAACGACGUCCGAGCUCUGACGCCGUUGCCGUCGCGCCGCGGCGGCGGCGGCGGCGGACGGAUGGUGGUGAGGAUGGCGAAGAGGGAGGAGGAGAUGAAGGAGAUUAGGGCGAAGACGACGGAGGAGCUUAACGAGGAGGUCAUCGACCUCAAGGGGGAGCUCAUCAUGCUCCACCUCCAGAAGUCCGCCCGGAAUGAGUUCAAAUCCAGCGAAUUCUCCCGCAUGCGCAAAAGGAUUGCUCGCAUGCUGACUGUUAAAAGAGAGAGGGAGAUUGAACAGGGGAUCAACAAGAGACUGUCAAGGAAACUUGAUAAGAAAUGGAAGAAAAGCAUUGUCGUCAGACCACCGCCAUCUCUGAGGAAGAAGCAGGAGGAGCAGAAAGCAGCAGAGGCAGAGAAGUCAACAUAAAUCAUUUUCAUGCUUUUUUCUUUCGCUUUUCAAGUUUUCUUUGUUGCAUGCGUUAAAAAUUGGACAAAAAAUAUUAACUACCUGGUUCCUUAGUCUUUUUUGUAAGAUUAUAUUAGGAUAGGCCCUUUUUUCUUUAUAUGUAAUCCCUUGAUUGCAAAUCUAUAUUGUGGAAAAAUAUCUUGAUUCUAUUUCUC